AUGGUCUCAUCCUUCCCUCAUGACGAACUGCUGGGCCCCGUUAUCGAGACGCGGGAUACGUGCACUGACACCAUCAACCGCGAGGAUGCCGAGACUUUCAUCGAGCUCAACAAAGCAAUGUGGAAGCGGGAGAAAGGAUGGCAGAAGCUUGCCAAAGGUUUGUACGACAAAGACUUCCAGCUAUACUCCAACGCGGUUCCGUCUUCGUUCGGGGGAGAUAUCAAUGACCAGCCAGUCUACAAGUCUCGUGCAGAGUUCGUCAAAGAGCUUGAGACCCGUAUCCCGUCAACAGCAAAGCAAAGCACAGUGGGCUUCUGGGUCGACUGCCACGAGCUUAUCUGGCUUCGGAGAAUCGGAGAGGUUGCUGGAAAGUCGCAUUUUGUGACCCAGGACAUGUCUGUGUUCUCCAUGCAGCGGACGAAAGCAGGGUCGUGGCAGGUGAAGAGCGCUAGGGUAGAGUACGACAGUAUCCCAUGGGGCAGAGCGCUUGGCGGUACAUACACUCCUCCACCUGCUUCGAAAUAUGAAGACUUGACCUGA